AACGAUAUUUCAGUCAAUUCAUUCUUGUGACGGCUUUGAAUUAUUUUCAUUUUAUUGAAACAAUUGUUCAGAUCACGCUUUAUCAUUGUUAGAGAUUAUAAAAAAUCGCAGUCUUGUAUUUAUUUUCCGAUUCACAUAUUCUAUCUAUAAAGGAUUUUUUGAACACAUUAUUCAAGAUGCCUGCUGCAGAACCAUUGAUAUCAAAAGUUAUUGUUCAUCCAUUAGUUUUAUUGAGUGUUGUUGACCAUUUUAAUCGCAUGGGCAAAAUAGGCAACCAGAAAAGAGUUGUUGGCAUUCUCUUGGGAUCUUGGAAAGGCAAAGGAAUCUUGGACGUAUCCAAUAGCUUUGCUGUUCCAUUUGAUGAAGAUGACAAAGAUAAAAGUGUUUGGUUCUUAGAUCAUGAUUACCUUGAAAAUAUGUACAGCAUGUUUAAGAAAGUCAAUGCUCGUGAAAGGAUUGUAGGAUGGUAUCAUACUGGUCCUAAACUUCAUCAAAAUGAUAUUGGCAUUAAUGAGCUGAUUAGAAGAUAUUGUCCAAAUUCAGUUUUGGUCAUAAUAGGAGCUAAGCCUAAAGACCUUGGUUUGCCCACUGAAGCAUAUAUUGCUGUUGAGGAAGUUCAUGAUGAUGGAACACCUACAACAAAAACAUUUGAACAUGUAUCAAGUGAAAUAGGAGCAGAAGAAGCCGAGGAAGUUGGUGUGGAACACCUGCUGAGGGAUAUAAAAGAUACAACUUUGGGUACACUUUCUCAAAGAAUAACCAACCAGCUAAGAGGUUUAAAAGGCCUUCAUUCUCAGAUCACAGAUAUCAAGAACUAUUUAGAUCAGGUGGUAUCUGGUACAUUGCCAGUGAAUCAUACCAUUAUCUAUCAACUCCAAGACAUUUUCAAUUUGCUGCCUGAUGCAAGUGUGAGGGAGUUUGUGAAAUCCAUGUAUGUGAAAACAAAUGACCAAAUGCUUGUUGUGUAUUUGGCUUCUCUCUCACGCUCUGUUAUUGCCCUGCACAAUCUCAUCAAUAACAAAAUUACUAAUAGAGAUGCAGAGAGGAAAGAAAGUAGCAAAAAAGAGGAUGUUAAAGAGAGAAAAGAUAAAGAGGAUACCAAAACUGAAGAUAAAAAGAAAGAUGUUAAAUCUAGUUAAAAGACACCGUAUUGCAUUUCACUAUUUUAUUACCUAUUCUGUGUUACUUAAUAAAUAUGCUUGCUUUCUUGGAA